GAUAUGGGGAAUCUCUGUACAUUAUGCUCAAUAUUGCUGUGGUCCUAAAACUGCUCUAAAAAUUGCAAAACACACAAAAAUGCUAAUUGAUAGAUCUUGAUUUUGAAAAUGGAGCUUUUCAGUAUGGUGUGCAAGCAUAGAAAGAUGAGGAGGGGAGAAGAAAACUUCAAAAAUGACUUAAUUUCCUCCAGGAUAAGACAAAUAAGAUCUGUACCACAAAACAGUAUUCCUGAGAAAUGGCAAAUUACACAUAUAAUUUAUGUUUUCUUUGGCUUUUAUUCAACAUUUUUGUAAAUGUGCUUGCUAAUCAGAGAAUUAUAAGCAUAAGAUCCAUCUUAGAUACUUCCUGUAGCUGCCUCCUAGUAAGAUGUCAGAGGCACUGCUAUUAACAAUUGGCCAAUAAGGAAAAGAAGGAAGUGUGUGUGAGCUGCUUGCCCAGUGUUUGCAUCCAGGUUCCAGGGCCAGCUUCUUGCGACACUUCUCUCUUCAGGUGGAAUCGCUCUUGACUUGGCACAAGGCAGUGAUGAGGAAUCACACAGCAAUAACCACAUUCAUCCUGCUGGGAUUGACAGAUGACCCAAAACUACAAGUCUUGCUUCUGGUAUUUUUGUUUAUCACCUACCUAUUGAGUGUGGCUGGGAACCUCAUCAUUAUCACCCUCACACUGUGGGAUUCCCAUCUUAAAACUCCCAUGUAUUUUUUUCUCCGAAAUUUCUCUUUCUUAGAAGUCUCAUUCACUACUGUCUGCAUCCCCAGAUUCCUGUACACCAUGAUAUCUGGAGAUAAUACAGUUACCUAUAAUGCUUGUGCCACCCAGUUGUUUUUUGUUGUCCUCUUUGCAACAACAGAAUUUUUUCUCCUUGCCGCCAUGUCCUAUGACCGCUACGUGGCCAUCUGUAAGCCCCUGCAUUACAUGAGCAUCAUGAACAGCAGAGUCUGCAUUACACUUGUUCUCUGCUGUUGGAUUGCAGGCCUGUUAAUCAUCCUCCCACCCCUUGCCAUGGGCCUCCAGCUGGAAUUCUGUGACUCGAAUGUGAUUGAUCAUUUCGGCUGUGAUGCAUCUCCUAUUUUACAGAUAACCUGUUCAGACACAGCGUUAAUAGAGAAAAUUGUCUUGAGUUUUGCUGUGCUGGCACUCAUUAUUACCUUGGUGUGCGUUGUCCUCUCCUACACAUACAUCAUCAAGACCAUUCUCAGAUUCCCUUCUGCCCAGCAAAGGAAAAAGGCCUUUUCCACCUGCUCCUCCCACAUGGUUGUGGUUUCCCUCACCUAUGGCAGCUGCAUCUUCAUCUACAUCAAGCCCUCGGCAAAGGAAGGAGUAGCUAUUAAUAAAGUGGUGUCUGUGCUCACUACGUCUGUUGCCCCUUUGCUUAAUCCAUUUAUUUAUACACUUCGAAACAAACAAGUGAAAGAUGCCUUCAAAGACACAGUAAAGCAGAUUGUAUUUCUCACAAAGAACUAAGAGACUAUUCAUGUUUUUGGGACUGAGUUAAGUGAAAUUUAAAUAUGAGUAAUCCAUGAGCGAUAUUCAUGACAUUGCCAAAUAAUGGUUUCUCCCUAUUCUGUAGAUUUAUCAACACAAUUUCCCACUAAAAACAUUUUCCCCUUAUAAUCCAAAAGCCUAAAUCAAGGUAUUUAUGUCUCCUUCUAAGGUGAUAUUUGUCAGAAUGGUUUCUUCAAUAAAUGCAUGUUCUAGAGACAAGAAAGAAUGCCAAAUGCUCAAAUUCAUUGAAAACAGAUGUAAAUAAAUGAAGUUCAAUCUAUGGCUAAUAGUCUUCUCAUGAUAUGGAAUAUAAAUGCCCAGAGACUAUUUCUCACUUAUUGGGAAUACUUCAAUAUCUAUCAUUCAUCUGUGCCAGAGCAAUUCAAGAUCCUUUACCAAAUCUUGUAAAGUGAUCUAAAAGAAAAGCAUGCACU